AUGGCCAGUAGUGAUAUGUCGUCCGCUAAUCUACCAAUUCUCACGGAGAAAAAAUGGAGUAGAUGGAGUACACAAAUACGGGUUCUACUCAAAUACCAAGAUGUGCUUGAAGUGAUUGAAGGUGAUCAUCAAGAAUUUCCUAUAGGUGCAACUGAUGAUCAGGAGGCCGAGAAGAGAAAGAAAGACAAUAAGGCGUUGUUCAUUAUUCACCAAUGUGUAGACGAUGCUCACUUUGAGAAAAUCCAGCAUGCAAAGACUACAAGGGAAGCUUGGAGUAUCUUGAUCAGGUGUCAUACUGGAGGUGAGAUCAAGAAGGAUAAGUUGCAGACGCUAAUGAGGCAAUAUGAGUUGAUGGAGAUGAUGGAAGGUGAUAAAGUUAGAGAGUACUUUGACCAAGUGAUUGUCAUCACCAAUCAGAUGAAGGGAUGCAGAGAAAUCAUCUCGGACUUAAUGAUCAUUGAAAAGAUCAUGAGGUCUUUGCCUCAGAAAUUCGACUACAUAGUUGUGGCUAUAGAAGAGUCAAGAGAGCUGGAUAAGAUGAAGAUAAAAGAAUUGCAAAGUUCCCUAGAGGCACACGAGAUGAGGCUGCUUGACAGAAAUCAAAUCAGAAGGGAUGAUCAAGCAUUGAAGGUGCAUCAUUCCAAGAAUGAAGAGAAGAAGACAUUCAAGAAAUGGAAAAAGAAACGUGGUAAAGGGAAGUGGAGAAAUGAUAAGAGCAGUGAAGAUCAGGAUAAGUCUUCAACAGAGGAAGAAGGCAAACCAGAUAAGAACUUCCGCAAGAAAGACAGAAGGAAUGUUGAAUGUUACAAAUGUCAUAAGUAUGGGCACUACUCUAAUGAGUAUUAUACUGAAAAAGGAAAAGCAGAAGAAGGGUCAAGGAAAGGAGGCCUACGUAGCUGA